AGGGGCGUGGGCUGCGGGUGCUCAUGGGAAACGUAGUCCGAUUCCGGCGUUCAAGUAACUGUGUCCUCAAGAGGUUCGAGGGAAAGAGAACACACUCCGUUUUAAUUCAUUCAGUGGUCUGGGCUACAGGACUCUUUAGAACAGACUAUCUCGCGAGGCAGGAAAAAAAAAACAAACGAAGCGGAGGAGUGUAAUUAUGAAAUUGUCGCUAAAUUCCAGUGGGACCGGUAAGAAUCUAGAGAGUUGAAAAAUUCUCGCGAUAUCGUAAUACGUCUGGCGUAAUAGGCCUCCUUGAGCCGCAGCACUGGUGUAGGAGAAGCUCGCGAGAUCUCUGCAGUUGCCGAAGAGACGAAAACCUGGAGAGGUGAUCUCGCGAAAGAAAAUAGGUCGGGAGCGCUCGCGAGAUCUCAGACCACCGGACUCAAAAGGUUCUUAGGAAGUUGAAGGGCUUGUAGGAGGCCCGGGAACAAAUGGCCGGAGCUGGACCAACGAUGCUGCUACGAGAGGAAAAUGGCUGUUGCAGCCGGCGUCAAAGCAGCUCCAGCGCCGGGGACUCAGACGGGGAGCGCGAGGAGGGCUCGCCGGCUGCGCGCGCUAGGCAGCAGCUGGAGGCGCUGCUCAACAAGACUAUGCGCAUUCGCAUGACAGAUGGACGGACCCUGGUCGGUUGCUUCCUCUGCACUGACCGUGACUGCAACGUUAUCCUGGGCUCGGCGCAGGAGUUCCUCAAGCCGUCGGAUUCCUUCUCUGCCGGGGAACCCCGUGUCUUGGGUCUGGCCAUGGUACCUGGACACCACAUCGUUUCUAUUGAGGUGCAAAGAGAGAGCCUGGCGGGGCCUCCCUAUCUCUGAGCCCUGUCGCAGCUGCCUUUCAGUCCUCAUUAAACCUGUAACUGACCGUAA